GUGCACACGAAAAGCGCAAUGAUUUGGCUACUGCUGUUGGUCAGUGCUCUGACGCUACUCUACGUCUAUCUGAAGUGGAACUUCAGCUUCUGGGAACGCAAAGGGUUUCCCUCCGCUGCGACCAAUAUACCUUUUGGUGCCCUGGACUCGUUACGGCGCGGCAAGCGGUCCUUUGGCACGGCCAUUUAUGACGUAUAUAGGGCAAGUAAGGAGCCAGUUCUGGGAAUUUAUCUAACACUGCGACCGGCGCUACUCGUACGCGAUGCUCAGCUGGCACAUGAUAUGUUAGCCAAGGAUUUUGUUAAUUUUCACGAUCGUGGCGUUUAUAUCGAUGAAGAGAAAGAUCCCAUGUCGGCCGGCUUGUUCUUUUUGAGGGGCAGUCAAUGGAAGUCUCUGCGUACAAAAAUGACGCCAUCGUUCACGUCCGGCAAACUUAAGGCCAUGUUCGGUACGGCUGAGGCGAUUGCCGAUAAAAUGGUGGAGCAUUUAGAUAGCAUAAUUCCCGAGGAAGGCAGUGUAGAUGUUGAAAUGAAGAAACUGAUGACUACCUAUGCUAUUGAUAUAAUUGGAUCGACCAUGUUUGGACUCGAUGUCGAUAGCUUCGCACAUCCAGACAAUGAAUUUGUGUCCAUAAGCCGACAAAUCAAUAGACCGAUUUUUAAAGAUGUCAUCCGAGGCACAGCACAGUUCUUAUAUCCCAACUUGGAAAAAAUAUUUGUGCGCCUUUUCGGAAUACAGGAGGCCCCGGAACAGAUGCGUGCCUUAGUGAAGCGCACAGUGGAGCAUCGUGAAAAACAUAAUGUGGUGCGACGCGACUUUCUUCAACUUUUGCUCCAACUGCGCAACACGGGAAAAAUAAGCAGCGAUGAUAACAUGUGGUCCGCAGAGACGACAGCAGAGGGGUUGAAGUCGAUGUCUGUGGAUAUGAUAGCAGCCCAACUCUUCCUUUUCUAUGUGGCGGGCUACGAGACUUCUGCUUCCACUACAGCAUUUACGCUUUACGAACUCAUGCAGAAUGCCGAUAUCCUGAGAAAGGCGCGUGAAGACGUGCGUGACACGCUGCAGCAGCACAAUGGCCAACUGAGCUAUGAUGCCAUACAGGAUAUGAAGUAUUUAGAGCUCUGCGUGAUGGAAACGGUUCGCAAGUAUCCCGCACUUCCGAUCCUCAAUCGCGAGUGCACCCAGGACUAUCCGAUACCAGGCACAAAACAUGUUAUAAAGAAGGGCACACCCAUCGUUAUCUCAUUGCUGGGCUUGCAUCGCGAUGAGGAAUAUUUCCCCGAACCGUUCUGUUAUCAGCCGGAACGUUAUAUGGAAGAAAACAAGAAUUACAAUCCAGUGGCCUACAUGCCAUUUGGCGAGGGACCGCGUCACUGCAUUGCUGCUAGACUGGGCAAGUUGAAUGUUAAAAUCGCGUUGGCCAAAAUACUCUCCAAUUUCAACAUCGAACCCUUGGAGGAGAAACGCGAGAUCGAGUUCAGCAUACACGGUAUACCGCUAAUGCCCAAAGGCGGAGUGCCUGUGCGGCUAUCGAAGCGUAAACUGGCCGAUUAGGGAAGUCUAUGAUUGUUAAACGUGUUCUCUAAGCAAUUUUAUGUUCUUAAAAUAAAUUGAAUACAAAUUUUAUAUCUAUUGAAAUGUAAAUAUGGCUUACUAAUAAAGAAAUUGUUUAAACUUUCGAGCUCAAA